GUCAUGACUGACGGGGGGGAGAGAGAACCGGAGGAAGAGGAGGAGAGAGAACCAGAGGAAGAGGAUAAGGAAAGGGUGAGGGUCCCUUUACCGGGACAGAGGUCUGAGGGUCGGGGACAGACAGGUGAGGAAGAGGAGGAGAGAGAACCGGAGGAAGAGGAGAAGGAAAGGGUGAGGGUCCCUUUACCGGGACAGAGGUCUGAGGGUCGGGGACAGACAGGUGAGGAAGAGGAGGAGCUCCCGUACCCUUCUCUCUACCCCGUGGUUCUGUUUCGUCUCUCCCAGACCUCCCCACCUCGCUGCUGGUGCAUCAAGGCUGUCUGCCACCCGUGGUUUGAGCGUGUCUCCAUGCUGGCUAUUCUUCUGAACUGUGUGACGUUGGGAAUGUUCCAGCCCUGCGACGACGUUCACUGUCUCAACAACCGCUGCUCUUUCCUACAGGCUCUGGAUGAUGGUAUCUUUGUGUUCUUUGCGGUGGAGAUGCUGGUGAAGAUGGUGGCUCUGGGUGUUCUAGGUCAGAAGGGUUACCUUGGUGACACCUGGAACAGACUGGACUUCUUCAUCGUUAUCAUCGGGAUGUUGGAGUACUCUCUAGACGGACACAACGUCAGCCUAUCAGCCAUCAGGACUGUCAGGGUGCUCCGCCCACUACGAGCCAUCAACAGAGUACCCAGUAUGCGUAUCCUGGUGACUCUGCUCCUAGACACUCUCCCCAUGCUGGGGAACGUUCUGGCACUCUGUUUCUUCGUCUUCUUCAUCUUCGGCAUCGUGGGCGUGCAGCUGUGGGCGGGGCUACUGAGGAACAGGUGCUUCAUGGGAGAAGACUUCACAACGAUAUACAACGUCUCCUUCCUGACUGUGUACUAUCGUCCCGAGGAGACGGAGGACAUCCCUUUUAUCUGCUCAACCAAUCGGGAGAACGGAAUGCUGCGGUGUUCCGACGUUCCGCGCCGCCGAGUGGACGGGUCCUGGUGCAUGCUGGGGGCAGAAGGGGUAGGGGAGGGGCCUGGGGCAGAUGGACCAAUAGGAGGCGGGUGUGUGAACUGGUACCAGUAUUAUAAUGUCUGUCGGGCUGGGGAGCGAAACCCUCAUAAAGGAGCCAUCAACUUUGACAACAUCGGAUAUGCCUGGAUCGCUAUCUUUCAGGUGAUAACUCUGGAAGGCUGGGUGGACAUCAUGUACUAUGUAAUGGAUGCUCACUCCUUCUACAACUUCAUCUACUUUAUAUUCCUCAUCAUCGUGAUAACUCUGGAAGGCUGGGUGGACAUCAUGUACUAUGUAAUGGAUGCUCACUCCUUCUACAACUUCAUCUACUUUAUAUUCCUCAUCAUCGUGGGCUCGUUCUUCAUGCUGAACCUGUGCCUGGUCGUCAUAGCGACCCAGUUCUCAGAGACGAAGCAGCGCGAGAACGCCCUGAUGAGGUCGGAGCAGCGCGCCCGUUACCUCAGCAACGCCUCCACUCUGGCUUCCUAUCAGGAGCCGGGGUCCUGCUACGAGGAGAUACUGCGCUACAUCGGACACCUGUACCGUAAACUGACCCGCAGAGUCGCCCGGGCCGUCACACACUGCUCUACACACACACCUCGCUGUACAUGUUGGACACACGCACACCAACACACACCCAAAAGAGAGGUGAACGGAAUGGCCAAUCGGCACUCGGGACAUGGCGUCUUCCACCUUCGUCCUCCUCCUCUUCCUCGUCCGCCUAACUGCGUGGGGGUGGAGAUGAGUAACGGGGGAGUAGGGAGGAAGUUCAACUACCCCUCUAUCUACCCCCACGACCUCUACGACCUGACCCCCGACCCCAGCUACAUGACCUCCAAGGGGAGGGGCCACACCGUCACACUGGUGUUAGAGCCCAAUAAGAAGGCAGAGCACAGGGAGGUGUUGCCGUGCCCCUACUGCGUCCACGACGACCAGCUUUGUGACAACGACCAUGCCGAUUUUGAACCUAGCAACCGGCGCCAUGGCAACCUGAGCCCUCGCCGCGGUAACAGCCUUCGGCGUGUCGAUGGACAGGCCUUGAGGCCGAUCAGGGACCUAGUUGGGUGGUGGGCGGAGCUACAGGCCAGGUUGGAGCAUGUGGUGAGCAGUAGAUACUUCAACAGAGGGAUCAUGAUCUCCAUCCUCAUCAACACUCUCAGUAUGGGGAUAGAGUUCCACCAACAGCCCCAGGAGCUGACUGACAUCCUAGAGAUCAGUAAUCUAGUGUUCACCAGUCUCUUCAGUCUGGAGAUGCUGCUGAAGCUGCUGGCCUUCGGACUCUUCGGCUAUAUCAAGAACCCGUACAACGGCUUUGACAGCGUCAUCGUCAUCAUCAGUGUAUGGGAGAUCGUUGGGCAGGCGGACGGCGGUCUGUCAGUCCUGCGUACGUUCCGUCUGCUGCGGGUCCUAAAGCUGGUCAGGUUCCUGCCCGCCCUGCGCAGACAGCUGGUGGUUCUGAUGAAGACUAUGGACAACGUAGCCACCUUCUGCAUGCUGCUCAUGCUCUUCAUCUUCAUAUUCAGUAUCCUAGGCAUGCAUCUGUUUGGCUGUAAGUUUGGUCUGAAGCUGGACAGUGGAGACACGCUACCUGACAGGAAGAACUUUGACUCGCUGCUCUGGGCUAUCGUCACUGUGUUCCAGAUCCUGACUCAGGAGGACUGGAAUCUGGUCCUGUAUAACGGUAUGGCCUCCACCUCUCCUCUCGCUGCUCUCUACUUUGUGGCUCUGAUGACCUUUGGGAACUACGUCCUCUUCAACCUGCUGGUGGCCAUCUUGGUGGAGGGCUUUCAGGCGGAGGGUGAUGCUAACAGGUCAGAGUCCGACGAUGAGAAACUGUCGACCUUAGAAGAGGAGGAGAAGAUGAAGGAGCUGUAUUCAGCAGAGUUGAAGCUCCAGGCGAUGAUGUUGACUCCAAAUGGCCUUCUGAAUCCCCGAGCCUCCAUGCCCCUCCCACCCACACAGUCACCGUGGCAACAACCGCCGCCACCAUCCCCACGGCAACGCCCGCCACUCAUCCUGCACACAUUGGCCACGCCCACAACUUGCGACAGCCAAUCACGACGGGGCAGCGCCGUCUCUACGGACACAAGCAACACCCUGGACCCCAGGUCGCCGUCUCCAUGGGACAGCCGGCGCGCCAGCUGGUCUUCUAUUGGCCGAGGUCCCAGCCUACAGCAGCGGAGGAGCCAAUCUAGUGAGAGAGAUUCUCUGCUGUCAGAAGGGGCGGGGUCAGAAUGGUCCAAUCCCAGCGGGUGGAGCAGGGAGGAGUCUUUCGACCUCCUGGACCAAUCAGAGUAUCUGACCGUGCCGAUGCUCCGCCCACCUGACUGUAACGGGAAGACCUUUCACCUCCCUGACGCCGGGACCCUACGUUACUAUAGCGACCACGAGGAGGAGGAGGAGGACGCUGAGGAGAGUGUAUGUUUGCGGGUGAAGCUGGUCCUGGAGCCCUAUAAGCCCCAGUGGUGUAGAGAUCAUGAGGACUGGGCUCUCUACCUGUUCUCCCCAUGUAACAGGUUUCGUCAGUGGUGUCAGAGAGUGAUAACUCACAAGAUGUUUGAUCACAUAAUCCUCCUUUUCAUCUUCCUCAACUGCAUCACCAUCGCUCUGGAGAGACCAGACAUACAGACACACAGUACAGAGAGAGUGUUCCUCAGUGUGUCCAACCAUAUCUUCACUGUGAUCUUCAUAGCAGAGAUGACCGUUAAGGUGGUAGCCCAGGGUCUGUACUCAGGUGAAGCAGUCUAUCUGAAGAGCAGCUGGAAUGUUCUGGAUGGACUGUUGGUGUUUGUAUCUCUGCUGGACAUUCUGGUUUCCAUAGCAUCCGCCGGCGGUAACCGUAUCCUAGGAAUCCUCAGAGUGCUGCGACUCCUGCGUACCCUUCGACCCCUCAGGUGUGUGAUGUAACGUGUCCCCGGUCUGAAGCUGGUAGUAGAGACUCUGAUCACGUCUCUGAGACCCAUCGGAAACAUCGUCCUCAUCUGCUGCGGCUUCUUCAUCGUGUUUGGAAUACUGGGAGUACAGCUUUUCAAGGGUAAGUUCUUCCACUGUGAGGGGGCGGACGUGAGGAACGUGACCAAUAGGACUGACUGUCUCCGUGCCGGCUACCGGUGGACACGACGCAAAUACAACUUCGAUAACCUGGGACAGGCGUUGAUGUCUCUGUUUGUCCUGUCCUCUAAAGACGGGUGGGUCAGCAUCAUGUAUGACGGACUGGACGCCGUUGGGGUAGACCAGCAGCCGGUGAGGAACCACAACCCGUGGAUGCUCCUGUUCUUCAUCUCCUUCCUCCUCAUCGUCAGUUUCUUCGUCCUCAACAUGUUCGUGGGCGUCGUCGUGGAGAACUUCCACAAGUGUCGUCAGGACCAGGAGGAAGAGGAGGCCAAGGCCCGGGAGGAGAAGAGAGCCAAGAGAGCAGAGAAGAGGAGGAGGAAGGCCCAGGAGAGGCCCUACUAUGCAGACUACUCCCCGGUGCGUCUCACCAUCCACACGUUGUGCACCAGCCACUACCUGGACCUCUUCAUCACCGUCAUCAUCGCUACCAACGUCCUCACCAUGAGCAUGGAGCACUACAACCAGCCGCAGUAUCUGGAGGAGGGGUUGAAGUAUUGUAACUACGUCUUCACUCUGGUGUUUGUUAUCGAGACGGUCCUCAAACUCAUCGCCUUCGGGCUGAGACGCUUCUUCAAGGAGAGGUGGAACCAGCUGGACCUGGCCAUCGUGUUGUUGUCCGUGAUGGGCAUCACUCUGGAGGAGAUUGACCUCAACGCGUCACUGCCCAUCAACCCCACCAUCAUACGCAUCAUGAGAGUACUGAGGAUCGCUAGAGUGUUGAAGCUUUUGAAGAUGGCAACAGGGAUGAGGGCUCUACUAGACACUGUAGUUCAGGCCCUGCCUCAGGUGGGGAAUCUGGGUCUCCUCUUCAUGCUGCUGUUCUUCAUCUAUGCAGCACUGGGAGUGGAGCUGUUUGGGAAACUGGAGUGUUCCGAGGAGAACCCGUGUGAGGGUCUGAGUCGUCACGCCACGUUCCAGAACUUUGGCAUGGCGUUCCUCACCUUGUUCCGCGUUUCCACCGGUGACAACUGGAAUGGAAUUAUGAAGGACACGCUGCGGGACUGUCGUCCAGAGGACCGUUCCUGUCUGUCCUACCUUCCUCUGGUUUCUCCGGUCUACUUCGUGACCUUCGUCCUGACGGCCCAGUUCGUGCUGGUCAACGUGGUGGUGGCGGUGCUGAUGAAACACCUCGAGGAGAGCAACAAGGAGGCACAGGAGGAGGCAGAGGAGGAGGCCAAGGAGGAGGAGGCGCGUCAGGAGGAGGCCAGGCAACAGGAGGCCAGGCAAGAGGAGGCGCGACAGGAGGCCAUUUGUCCCUUUAGCAACGCCACAGUGUGCGGCGUGGAAUCAUCUGGACAGGUUGUGGAAGAAGAGCGUUGUCGUGGUAGCCUGCUGACGGCGGGCCGGCCGUCUCUGUCUCGUAUGAUGUCUCUGCCUAGCGACAGCUACAUGCUCCGCCCCCUACAGCCUCUCGGACACACCCGCUACCCUCCCAUUGGCCACGACACCUACAAGGGAUGCGGUUUCUCAGGUUCUGUCUACUCUAUGGGUUCUAGCGGAGCAGGAUCCCUACUGCAGGUCCCGGGGGCGUUACCGUCUGGAAGCCACGCAUCCCUCAGCUCCAGGGGCUCCAGCUGCAGACCCACAGUCAGGCUCAGCCCCUCCCACAGCGUAGACAGAUACUCCCUCUCCAUGGCGAGACACACCCCCAGGAGGCCUGGCCACGUUGACAGAAGACGGGCCUCUUAUAUACAUAGCCCAUCCCACAGUAUGGACACACAUAGUUACAGACUCAGCCCUGCUCAGAGCAUCGACAGAGACUCCUCCCGUUACCUCGAUAGACGGGCCUCUUAUAUCCACAGCCCCUCCCACAGCAUGGACAGUAGACACACCCCUUAUAUCCACAGCCCCUCCCACAGCAUGGACAGUAGACACACCCCUUAUUUCCACAGCCCCUCCCACAGCAUGGACAGAAGACACACCCCUCAUAUGGAUAGACACACCCCUUAUAUCCACAGCCCAUCCCACAGCAUGGACAGUAGACACACCCCUUAUGUCAGUAGCCCCGCACACAGCAUCAAUAGACACACCCCUCAUAACAAUAGACACACCUCUUAUAUGAGUAGCCCAUCCCACAGCAUGGACAGACAGCCGGGACCCAGCUCCUCCCUCGGUGUGAGAAGACAGCUGAGGAGACAGGAGGCGGUGCGUUGUGACUCUGAGGACCUGAGCUGCAGUUCCACCGACGAUCUGCGGGGAGGGAGCUCUGUCGACGGCACCCACCUCACCGUACCCAGCAUGCACCUCUCACCGCUACCCAGCCUGCCCCCUGGUGGUAACACACACCUGGACGUACACCAGCCCUCCUCGCCGUCCCGCGCCUCCCGAGGACGCACCGUACACACACUGCGUCACACACACAGUCAGAGGGUUAUAUCUACCAGAGGACACAGUAGGAGCCACAGUGACAGCGGGCUCCAGCGGCCCCCCACCCCUCAGACGACAGACAACCCACAGACACCCCAGACCCCAGGUCCCAGCCUCACCCUCGCUCUCUGCUCUGGAGGUCCCAGCCUGUCCCUCUCCUCCCCCUCCACACCCUCAACCCCCAACCUCACCCUCACCCUCUCUACUCCCUCCACUCCCCAGAGCCCUCAGACCAGCUUUGACCCAAAGCAGAGUCCCAGUUCCAGCCGUGAUCCAUUUCCCCUGAGCCUCGGCUCCAGUCCUAGACGUCUCCCCACUUCCUUUCCAGAUGAGACUGAUGAUGAAGUCUGUCGCAUCACACACCACGUGACCAGCCCCUCACACACACCUGAGCACACACACCACGCGUCCAGCCCCUCACACACACCCUGCUCUCCACACACCUCCCUCCACGCCUGCAUCUCAUUUGAAGAGGACCAGAGGAGCCAGUGUCUCAGCAGCCAAUCGGCGUCUCCCGUUCGAGAGUGGACCAGGAAGCAGAGGAUGAGCCCGCCCUGCAUCUCCGUAGCCCCACCUGCUGAAGCCCAGGUUUCCACGGUGACCCAGUCGACGGACAGCAGCAUGCAUCUGAGGAGGCGGACCCUGUCGGUUGACUCCGCCUCUCAGAGAGACUCAUUGGACACGAACCCAGCGGAGACACGCCUUUCUGUUCCCUUUCUCCAAUUGGACUCCAGCUUUAUAAGCAUCACGGUGGAUUCUGACCAAUCAGGAUGUGCGUUAUUGACGGACAACGAACCCGUCGAGGGGGGAGGGGAGAGAAGGGGGAGGAGCUCGGAACUCUCAGUCUCUGCUGGGAUUGGUUCCCAACCCUCUCAGAAGGAGGAGCUUAGUGCGCAUGCUCAGCACACGGGAAGGAGAGGUGGAGACUCAACCCUGACCUCUGACCUCUAAGAAAUAGUUUCCUUUCUCCAACCCUCCUCCUAGAGAGACUCUGGUGAGGCAGCAGGGUUUUAGUCCAGCCCUGUUGGAACAGGUCUGAUUCAGCCAAUCAGCUGUUGAUAAGGACAAACAUGACCUUUGACCCCUAACCCUUGACCCCCCCCCAGAAAGACUGCUGUGCUGUAGCCCCUCCCCCCUGAGGACCCGUAGCCCCUCCCCCCUGAUGUCAGAGUGUGACAUCAUGGUACGGAAUGAUAUGCAAUUGGACCCCCGCCCACCGUCUCCCUCCCUCACCCACCCAUUGGUGGAAACUGUGUGUCUGUUAGGAGACGAUAUGUGUGUGACAUCAUCAGAACCUCCGGCACUGAACACUGCCACCUGCCAUUAGUCGACCUUUAACCACGUCACCUUUAAUCACCUUUGACCUUUCACCCCUGGCGACAGCCUCCCGUCGCUGCCGGUUGACGUCGGAGUCACGUCCUUUUCCCCUGGAGGACCAUUUAAAACACGAAGAAGUUUUGAGUAGCACUAGAUCUAACGACGUCACCUUUUAACCUUCGACCUUUAUCUGAUGUUUUGUCUGUUUCUUCCUUAUUGUACAGCUUCUGUCAGGUCCUGUUUUAGUCCAGACACUUCUCCUGUCUCCAUGGUUACUACCAGACACAUACAUAGAGAAACAUGUUGUUAAAUAUAAUGGCUAGAUAUAUGACUGUGGUUACUAUAACUAACUAACUGACAGAUUAGGAACUCUGUCACUUUAACUUAUAAUUACUAGAACUACUCUCUCUCUGUCCCUCUCUGUCUGUCCCUCUCUCUGUCUCUGUCCCUCUCUCUCUCUGUCUCUCUCUCCCUCUCUCUCUCUCCCUCUCUCUCUCCC